CUACGCAUUUUAUAUAUCAUGAUCAGUAUAAAUCGAUCAUUCAGUUAAACUUAACGUGUUCUUAUAUACGUAAAUUUAAAAAUAGUGAAAAAUAACUAUAUUAAUAAAAUGAAAAAAUUAGUAUUUUAUAUUUGCAUUUUUGACGUUAUUUUCAGUAUUGAGGGAAACCCAAUUAAAAUAGGAUCCGCAAAUGACAAUUAUAAUGUUUGCUUAACUGAAAAUAAUGUAUCUAACAACGAUAUGUUUACAAUAGAGGAUGUAGUUAAUGACAGACACAAAGAACCUGACAAUGAGGAAAAAAUAAAAAAAAAUGGUUGUGUUAUACAAUGUUUAUUUGAAAAAGUAGGCGCAAUGGUAGGAGCUGAAUACAAUGUAGAAAAAAUACGUGACGAUUUUAGUAAAAAAACGAAUGCUCAACCAGGAGAAGAAAUUUUUAUAGCUCUUGAUAAUUGUAUAGAUAAAACAAAAGAUCUUACAGAAAAAUGUGAAAAAACUUUUGCUCUUGCAGAAUGUUUUAUGAAAGCUGAAAAAAGAAUAUUUCCAAGUAUUUCUAAAAACAAUGAUGAAAACACUAAAGCAUGAGUACGAGCAUAAAUCCAAAUAAUAAUAAAUAAAUUAAAAUCAAUUGUAUAAAUCUACAAAACUCUAUAAAAAUGUAUAUGUAUAUGUAUAACUUUCUUUUCGUUUUGCUGUAUUAAAAUGACAGUAAAAAUGUAUUGUAAUUUAAUAAAUAUAUUUAUUAAAUACAUUAGAGAGAA